CUUUGAUCUGCUGUAAGGGCAAACGAGGCGCGCGAGGUAACGGAUUCCAUCCGAUCUGAGUGCACGGAGACUGAGUGUGUGUGUGUGUGUGUGUGUGUGUGUGUGUGCACGCCCCAGACGCGGUACUAAAGCAUGGCGUGGCCGUGUAUUACCCGCGCGUGCUGCAUGGCCCGGUUCUGGUCCCAGUUGGACCAGGCCGACAUCGCGGUGCCGUUGGUCUUCACGAGCUACACGGACGCGUGCGACACGGUCCAGCCGCGCGUGCAGCCCGGAGCGAGCGGGGUCUCCAUAGAAACGCAGCCUGGCGGCACCGGGAGCGCGCAGGAGCAGGUGGCGGUCUCCAAGGGCCCGGGCGCGCACCCGACUGCCGCGUCGAGCGAGAGCGCGCAUGGCUCCGUCAUGCGCCAGGACUUCAAAGCGUGGAAAGUGCGGCGCGAGCCGAGCUGCAAGCCCAAGCGCGAGUACCACGAACCGGAAGUGCCCCUGGCCACCGAGACGCAGUACCAGAAGGACUUUAAGCCCUGGCCCAUCCCGCGCAGGGAUCACCCCUGGAUCCCCAAAGCCGUCCGCGCGGAGCAGGACGGGGGCGUGGAGAAGGGCCAGAUCGCAGACAGGGUGCAGGAGAAGGAGAUCCUGAAGAGGAGGCAGGACAAGAAGAUGGAGGACCAGACCGACAAGGGGUCAGAGGUCAAGCCCGACCCGCAGACGCUCGGAGGGCGAGCGGCCGCAGACGCGCUCAACCGGCAGAUCAAGGAUGAAGUCGGCGGCGGGAGUUCCUACAGGACGGAGUUUAAAGCGUACACAGACGUGAAACCGGCCAAACUCAUCCGCGCCAAGUCCCAGUACCAGCCCCCGGACGGGAAGACCGACCUGGAGACAAGCUACAGCGCCACCUACAGGGGAGAGCAGGGCAAAGCGCAGGCAGCUGACAACAAGGCGCAGGAGAGGAGGAGAGUGCGCACGCUGUACAGCGAACCCUACUUCGAGCCCACUAGGGCGGACACAUCGAGUGUCCCGCGCUCCAAGCCGAAAAAGACGCCGUCCUCUCACGGUAAAGCGGUGAAGAAGUCGAAGGAGAAGCAGGCGGCACCGGGGUCGGGGCGCGGCACCAAGAAGAAGAGCUCGGAGAACCAGCGGCCGAGCGGCAAGGAGAAAAGUAAAGAGAUGAACAACAAACUGGCUGAGGCGAAAGAGCUUGUGCUAAAACAGCAGCACUACGUUCAGCUCUGUCAGCCAAUCCGAGAUAUCGGGUGGGUGCAGACGCUAAAGCAACACCUGUGGCGCUGCGCUCUACCUGACCCAAGUGAAUCAGAGUCUGCAGUUGGACGAGUCAGUGAUUUUUAUUCCUCUGGAACUUCUGGAGGCGAGCAGGAGCCAGAGGAACCACGCAGCAGGGCUGUAGUCCGCUUCGCUCCGGACGUUAAAUACUGAGAGUAACACAGACAGACAGACAGACAGAUGCAAUUUUACAUCAAUACAUCUAAAAUACUUAUUUUUGAAAGCUGUCUGAUUUCUGCUGAUGAUCAGUAAUAACAUUAUGGAUAAAAACACACACACACACCCCUUCUGCUUCAUGUCUGCGGACACUUUACACCCCCUGACCUUUACACUCAGCUGAUGGUGGUCUCUGUAACAGGAAUCUUUAAGCUGAGCACUGAAGCACAUGUUGGAAUAUUACAGUACUGUAUGUAUAUAGAGAUCCUGUAUGUAGUAUAUUAUUAUAAUUCCAUGAUACACACUCUAGAGCUUCCUGAUAAUAAAGUUACCACAAUUCUUUUCUGCACAGACUGUUUGCACAGUUUAAAAUGGUGCUAAGAGUUUGUUUUAGGUUUGGUUGCCCAUCAGAGAGAGAGAGAGAGCGAGAGAGAGAGAGAGAGAGAGAGAGAGAGGUGCCAUCAACACCAUGAAGUGCUUCCUUAAUGUACAUCAUCACUGUAUUAAAAAAUAAAACGUCAUAAUAAGA